AUGAAUAUAGGGGUUGAUCCUUGCUAUCAUUAUGAAAACCUGAGUGAAGCCAAUAGAAAGAUAGAUUACCUUACACCUCCCGGUUCAGAAUCGUGUGACUACAAACUCCCUAUUGGAUGGUAUCGUUUUGUGGGAGCUGCAGGAACAAAAAUGCCAACAACACGUGUGCCAGCAUACAGAUGUGGUACAAACUGGUCAGGCUGGUUGAUGACUGCUCAUCCUACAGUGGAAGAUGGUGAAGUUCCAAGAAGAGUCUGCUUUAGCGAUCGCUCUACUGGUUGCAAACUAUUAAAAGAAAUUUCUGUAAAAAACUGUGGAUCCUACUUCAUCUACGAACUUCUAAACGCACCUUGUUCCUCGCGCUACUGUGGUACAGACUAG